UUGCAGCAAGUCUCCAGCCGUGUUUGAGCCUUCCAUAUAAACAGCACAGUUUGCUGCUUUCGAUCGCCUUCUAACGUAUCAGUGAUACCAUCCGCCUCACCCCACGUUGUUCCAUUGCCGGUCGAGGCUGCUUCAGCCUGUCCGGAAGGUCUCAACACGCAGGGAUACUGUCCAGCGUGGAGUUCGGAAGGGGUCGUCGAGUCGACGAAUACUCGCGCGGAGUUGUAGGGGCCCUGGGGGUUUCUUUGCUGCGAAUGAUGGUGUGGUGGCGUCGAGUUCAAGUGGGCUAGACGCCCGCCAAGAUACAUCCAGUCAAUAUUGUGCGGUGCCGCGCGAUGUUAUCGACAGCACGUCGCAGCUUAUGGUCAUCGCAGCAAGGGGCUACUAUCGAAGGAUAUUGCAGACAUCAAAGAAUUAACGCAGUAAGUAGCUUUACAAUGCGCGCGAGCUUACGUGCCUGCUGCGUGUUUGCUCCGUCGAGUCGCCAGCGCCAACCGAACUUGGCGAUCGAGCCGUUUGACAUACCAGGGUAGCUUUUGGUUUGCAGAGCUUCGAGAAUACUUUGCCGCUUCAAGUAGAAGGAAGGGCUGCCGGUGCAUGCGACGUGUGAGCGGAGCCCGUCUAUUGCUGGUUCUGAUCGUCGACCAGCAUCUCCGACGGUCACACCGGGUCACUGAAACUGGAGUAUGGAGCUCAGAGCCACCAAAGAGCUUCUUGACAAGAAGGCCGUUUCAUCGUGCGAGACCGUAAUUUGCGUUCCUGACAGAAAGCGUUACCCGCUCUGCAAGUCUUGCGUGGUUGGGCUGCUGGCGGAUGGGAAGUGAAAGUCAUGCAUAAUGGAGAGAAUCCAUCGCAAAACGCAGUUACAAUUUGCACUCCAUCAACUGUUUCAUGUUAGUUUUUCCGUACUUAGAGAAUGACUAAACAAAUUGUGGUUGAUGAAAAUUUGGAGAUGGCCCUUAUUUCAACCUGUCAGUACAAUUCCGACCGGGGCCUGGCUUUUCUGAUCAACCGCCGCCUACGCUCCGCAUCUCUCAGUCUCCAUCUUGCUGAGCUGGAGUGUACAUCGAUGCGCAUGCUGCGCGCCGUGCGGGAGCUACUCCGCAGCCGCCGCCGUGAUGGCAACGAUCGCGACUCGAGGCUGCCGCGCUCAUCGACGACGCAAUACAAGACGAAUCCAAGUGUGCGCGCUGCUAGCAACACGACCUUGGCGUCCAUUGGACCGGACGAGACAGUACGCAACGCGGUGGCGUUUCUGACGCAGGAAGACGCCGAGAGCGCGCUCAUCUACGCGCUUGUACAUGACCCAGAGUUCCGCUUGGCUUCAGCGCUGGCGACGACGCCGUCGGGCGCCGAUGUGAACGUGAUCCGCGCGCUUCUGUUUGUGUUCGAGAACCACGAGGAUCAACUGCGUAAACUAUUGGGGCUGCUCAUGUUUCGCGAGAUGGUGCACACACACAACUGGAACGAGCUGUUCCGCGCCAACUCGGCCACCACAGCUCUUUUGCGCGAAUACACAUGCGAAUUGGGCGGUGGGUUUCUAUCUCACGCACUGGCGGACGUGAUCAGCGAGCUCUGGGUCAGCUCGGACGGCUACGAGGUGAACCCACGUUACCUCCAACCGCAGGAUGAUCUCCAAGCCAAUCAGCAGCGACUGGAAGCGUUAGGUGAGCGCACAUUGGACCGCAUUUUCAGUGCAGCGUCGCUCUUUCCUUACCAGGUUGCCAAAAUCUACCGCGUUCUGGAGCUUGAGAUGAUGCGGCUUAUUGAACGAGACCGACGCAGUAACGUGUCGCUGCCUAGACUCAGCGCCAUCGGAGGCAGCAGCAACAGCCUGAUCUCGUCGGACGCUGGCAACGGCAACAGCAACAACAGCUUUUUGGAGCGUACAUCCUUCGAGAGCGCUGGGCUUGGAGGACUACCCCGUCUCAGCUCCGUCGAAGAGAGUCUGCUCGAUGAGGAACUCACUCAGUCCAACAGCUCGAACGGCACGUCUUCUACUGUUUCUGCCGCCAAGGAGGAGUUCUACAUGCACCUGGGAGGACUGGUGUUCUUGCGAUUCCUGUGCCCUGCGCUUGUGGUCCCACACAAGAUGAACUUGACGCCAGAGAAUGCCGCGCCGGACAAGCAAAUGCAGCGCACCCUUGUGCUACUGGCAAAACUGAUGCAGUCACUGGCGAACAACGUUGAGUACUCUACCUCGACUGAAUCCUUCAUGGUGCCGUUCAACUCGUUCCUCGCUCGAAAUCGACCCAAGCUCACGCGUUUCUAUGACCAACUGUGUCAACAAGCACAGAACGAUCCCCGCCGAGAGAGUCUGGUUGCACGCUGCAACGCAGCCCCGCGAUUAUCACAGCUUUGGGCAAGUCGGAGCAGCAGUAGUUUGGGCAAAGACCCAUCGAUUGUGAACCUCACGGGAGCGCGCUUUAUGGAGGCACCAGAGGCAUCUUGCGCUGUCUUACGCAACUGGAUGAGCUCACAUCUCGAGUACCUGGCGAUGGAGGUGGCGGAUAAUCACAAGUUCCGUCGACAACAACACAUCGUGGUAAGUAACGGGAGCAGUAGCAGUGGGAACUCCACUCCUCCAACAACGACUACUUCAGCGAUGUCGACCUCACCUCUGAAGCCUCGACCUAAGAGGAAACUGAAGACGUCAAAGAGCUCAACAUAUCCGGUAGAAAUCCAGGAAGAAGACGAGGAGGAAAAGACGGAUGAUGCCACAUCCAGGUCCUCUCAGAGGAAUGAUAUAGCGAUGCCUGUUUCGCUGGAUGAGUUGGAUAGAAUUAUGGGCAACACAAGCCACCGCGACAGCCAGUUGAUGAAAGUCUACUACGCAAAGCUCUCGCAGAACGGUCUGCAGCGGCUACUGCAUGUGAACGACAUCGAUGGAGCUGAAUGGACAGUGUACAGGAGUAGAGGAGAUGUUGAGGUGCUCCGCAAAACGCCAGCUCAUUUCGUGUGCCCAACGGGGGGCUUUGCCUCUGAGAAGGACCGACUGGUAGAGAUGAAGGGAUGUGUCACCAUCCAGUCUACACCCCAGCGUGUAUUUGAAUAUUUGCGAUCGCUCGAGAACGAACGCACUACAGCUCCAGGAAGCAGUACGGAUGAUGACAAGACAAGGGUCAGGAGAGUGGAGCCACUGGACGACUCAAAAACAGUGCUGUACAGUGAGCAUUCGAAACUCUCCCUGUGGCCCGCGUGGUUGGUAAAACCUCGUGAUUCCUGCGAUCUCCACAGCUUUGUCGAGAAGACAGGUCGACCGGAUACGUAUGCAGUGCUUCAGGAGUCUAUUCCGCGUCCAGACGUACCUGAGCGCAAGGGCAUUGUGCGGAUGGCUUACGCCACUGGUGGCUUCCUCAUUGAGCCAUCUGCAGGAGACGAGGAAAAGUCGGACGCACAAGCAAAGGGUAAAGCGUUUACAAGGCUUACCUGUAUCGUAAGGGCCGAUUUCAAGGGGCUAAUGCCCCGGUACCUUGCGGAGAGCAUCGUCUAUCGGCAAGUACUGGAGAUCGAGACCAUCCGUUCGCAUGUGGAGUCCAUGCGACCCGAGGCGAAUGCCGAGUGGGUCUAGUGCAUACUAAGCCACGGUGAUGACCACGACGAUUUCUAUCAACCAUCCAGUGGAAAGAUGGAAUGCAGCUAGGCUUUAAAAGAGUCAGCUAGUGUAAAUUUUCUUCCCUUCUAGAGGACGUAGUAAGCUAAGCAAUACCACUUGUUUGAAUAAAUACUAACAACAACACUACACAUGU